GCGAAAUACAGAAUGUAAAUGUCCGGUCUUUGCCUCAAAAUCGCCUGUUCGGGCUCUGGUUGACCCUAAUUUAUACCGAUCACCAUCCAUUAGGAGGAGAUACGACUUCCCGUGAAAUCGCCUCCCACUGUACAGUGUCGAUGAGAGAGAGAGAGAGAGAGAGAGAGAGAGAGAGAGAGAGAGAGAGAGAGAGAGAGAGAGAGAGAGAGAGAAGUAAGUUCGUCCGAAGAAGGUUGGUAGCUCUGUGAGCUGCUGUUGUCGUAGUACACAGCAACCGACCAGAGAGAGAGAGAGAGAGAGAGAGAGAGAGAGAGAGAGAGAGAGAGAGAUUGUUGUAGUUGUAGUACAGAGCAAGCGACUAGCUAUGGCGCAGCCAAAGCGGUUCGCUAUUGGCGUUGACCUGGGCACGUCGUUCUGUUGCGUAGCAGCGAUGACCCAGAACAGGGUGGAGAUCAUACCCAACGACAUGGGCAAACGGAUAACGCCAUCGUACGUGGGAUUCAGUCAGACGGACAGAAUGGUGGGAGAAGCAGCAAAGGCGUUUUACAUGAAAAAACCCAAGAGCACGUUUUACGAAGUCAAGCGUCUAAUCGGUCGCAAAUUCACCGACGCUGCCGUAUCUGCCGACUCUACUCGAUGGCCGUUCCAGGUCAAAUCCAGUCCCGGUGGGGAAGUCCUCUUGUCGGCGGAAGGAGUGGGCAAGGACUUCACUCCUGAGGAUAUCUCUGCCCAUUUACUGGCGCAUAUGAAGGACUUGGCGACUAGGUUCCUGACCACCAGCAGCGAGGAGCCCCCUGUCAUCGCCGACGCUGUAAUCACCGUCCCGGCGUACUUCAACGACGCCCAGAGGCAGGCGACGAAGGACGCAGGAGCGAUCGCAGGGCUGAAUGUGCUCGAGCUGAUGAACGAACCCACCGCCGCCGCUCUGGGCUUUGCUUAUCAGAAGCUAUUCAGGGAUGGAAAGCGAACGGUGUUGGUCUUCGACCUUGGCGGCGGCACUUUCGAUGUCUCGAUAAUGACGAUAGAGGGCUACGYGUUCGAGGUCAAGGCGCUGGCAGGGGACACSCACUUAGGAGGCGCGGACUUCGACGGCCGACUGAUGGAGCACGUGCUCAGCAAGUAUUUGCAGAAGUACCCCUCCUCCAAUAUCCGAACGAACGGCAAAGCCCUCCGGCGCYUKCGAGAGGCUUGCAUGAUGGCCAAGAUCGACCUCUCCACUCGCUUAUCCACCAACGUCUUCAUCGACGAGAACGAGUGCGACAUGGACAUUGCCAUAAGCCGAAUCGAAUUCGAAAMUCUGAACAUGGACUUGUUCAAGAAGUGCAUCGAGUGCGUGGAACKGGCGCUUAUGGAGGCGGGCUUGAGGAGGGAGGAGGUGACCGACAUCGUGCUCGUCGGCGGAUCGUCGAGRAUCCCCAAGGUCCGAGAGAUGCUGGAGACCUUCAUGGGCACGAGGCCGCUGUUGUGURUGCAUCCUGACGAAGCAGUGGCGCACGGCGCCGCGAUCCAGGCGGCGCUCAGACUUGCAARRAGUCACGYGGCCCCGCCAGAAGAGUUGGCGUUCAAAUGUGACGAGCUGAAGGAGGUGGUCCUCACCGACGUCGUUCCGCUCAGCAUCGGACUCGAUCUCAACAACGGCCGGAUGAGGGUCAUGAUUAGGAAGAACACGAAGAAGCCGGCGUCGGGGARKUGCACGCUUGUGACGAGCAGAGAUAAYCAGACCAGCAUGCUCUUUCCUGUCUAUCAAGGGGAGCAGGAGYUCGCUGUGGACAACGACUACCUUGGCUCGUUCACGUUGUCGGGAUUCGAGCGGGCCCCGAAAGGACACGCGUCGGCGGAGAGGGAGAGUAAGGAGGGGGCGAUGGCAGAGAAGACGCCGAGACGAAGGAGGGGAUUCAUCUUUUGUGUGGAGGUCGUUAAUAGGCUGGCCGUUGACGCCGACGACACUGGGAGGAGGAGACGAUUGGGUGGUCUCUUUGGGGUGUAAUUGACCGCAGCUAUGGCCGAUACUGAAUGCAUUUGACCGCAAUCACGUCCUUUUCCUUUUCUAUUUAGAGCGUUUACUUAAAGU